UGCCAACAAAUGGCCUUGAAGGGUAAGAAGAAAGAUAACCUGCUCCUUGUGCAGCCUCGACAGCUGGUCGCCGACGUUUUGUGCCAAAAAUAAAUAUGCCGAUGAAUUUAUGGGGCUCAGGUAUUUUGCCGCAUCACUGCCGCAACUUGCCGCACCACUAACGCUAACGCACCACACCGAAACCAACAUUCAACGCUCAUUUCCGACAACUACUCUAAUCAUACACAAGUUAAUUGACCUAGCAGCAUUACUUGUCGAACUCAUCAACUAUGCGCCUCUCGGACAUGCCUUUGAGAGGUUGAAUUUAGAGGACGUGUUGGGCGUGUUGCGGCACGGAUGCGGUAGUGGGCGCGGCAGCAGUGAGUCCUAGUAAUAUAGUACGAGACGAUGACAUUCAGAGUCAGACUAUAUAGAUU